AAUGUUUUUUAAUUAGAUUGGAUAUUUUAGCAUAUAUUAUAAUAAAUGACUAAUUUAGGUUGAUUUUAUACUAAGGGGACAAAAAGUGUGUUUUUAUUCAAUAUUGGAAAAUUUUCCAAUAAUAUAUAGGGGAUUUUAUCAUAGAUGUCAAUUGUUCAUGGAACACUUUUGCUUACAUAUAUUUCCAAUUGAGGUAACAACAUUUGUUUUUAUUCCAACUUUCUUUAUUUUGAUGACCCCUAAAUUAAGAGUUAAGUGAAACAAAAGUUUAUGACAGGAGUCAUUCAGCACUGAACAUAAUAUUUUGGUUGACUUAACAUUAUUUAGUUUGGUAACAUAUUCUGUAAGGAAAAGAAAAUGGAAACUUUUUAAUCGAUUUAUAUACUUUACAUACUCUAUUUCAUUUUCAUUUUGAAUGGUAAUAUUCAAUAUGUUUCUUUUUGCAUUCAAUAUCAUAUGUUUGACUUAUAAUCAGAACCAUAGAUUUUGAGAUGUAUACAGUUUAUAAGUGCUCAAACUGAAGAAGGCUGACCACAUACACAUACUUGCAUUAGUGCUUAGGAGUUGGUAAGUAUAUGUUUUCUUUCUCAAGAAAUCUGUUGACUGUUUCUUAAUUUUUGUUUCUCGACAUGCUUUUUAUCACGAAAUGACGUCAACAUUUUAAAUUCAACAUUGUUAAUUUAUACGUACAUUUUUUUUUCUGAACUUGCAGGUGCUUCCAAAGUUUUGAGGAAAAGAAAGCAUAUAAAGGUAAACAUAUAUUUACUGUAUUCAAAUCAUUUAUGUAUAUAUAAUUAUUAUAUAUUCUUAUUGCAAGCAGCGAUAUCAGUUUUAAAAUGACAAAGAAAUGAUUAGUAUUGGGUCAAUUAGUGAGUAUUAGUAUUACCAGUUAUCACACGAGGUCGAAAAAGUUGUUGGUGGAUUUGAAUCUAUGAAAUUUUAUAGAGGUGAAAUUCAUCCAGAUAUCAAAUCUAAUCCAUGUUCCCAUUCUCUGAGAUCUGUACCAUCUAGAUUUCAUCUAUAGAUUUAGAUUAAUAGUUUAAUAUAUAUAUAUGAACUCGUGGUCCCUCUGAUUCAUCUAUAUACGACUUUAUAUGAUAGGCUUAGGAAUCGAUGUGUUUCAUGAUUGAAAAUGAAAGAAGUUUCGCAAUGAGAGUUUUUUUUUAUGGAUCUUGCCUUCUUAUGUCGGUACACAGCUGAUGAACAUUUAUUCUUCCCUUUUGAUCAAGGGUGUGCAGACAAUGAUCUUGAGUCAGAUAUAAUUGGAUUAAAACUGAAAGAAAUGCUAGAUUGUUAAGUUUUAAUACCAAGAAUGCUUGUUAAAAUGUUCUUCAAAGUUAGGGAUAUUAUUUUCAGGUAAGAGCUCAUAGAGUCUUUAGCUAGUUUUCAAACUGUGAAGUAUAUCUACAGUGAUAUUCAAUAAUAGACAAUAGCUCCUGGUUAUGUUUUGUAUUGUUUCAUAUAUGGUUUAUUAAUGGAAUAUUAUUUUAUUGAAGUAUGGCAAAAACCAACCGUGGUGAGCUUAAGAGUACCAAUGACAGUGAGCUUCCUUGGACGGCGAAAGGUAGCAAAAGUUUAACAAGGCGUGAUGAGAAAGCAAUUGUACGAGUUGCAGACUCAGAUGUUGAGAACAAAGACAAGAGUUCAUCAGGAACAAUGGCAAAUGAGUCAGAGCCUGGAAAGGUUUUUUCCCCUUUCCUUUGUGUUCCUCACGGUCUCACUACACCGAUAUAUAUCUGAUUCGGUCCUUUCUGUUUAUGGCAGCUUCUAGGUAAGCAUGUUCCAAUGAAGAAGCGCGAAAUGAUGGUUGCCUCCCCCUCACCAAGAAAGUCAUGUGGUCGACGUGGAAUCUCAGAACAUAGGCAGGAGAUCAACCAUGUUUGGAAGUUAAACCCAAAGAAUGAUAGCAGUGGUCCUGACUUUUCUGGUAUUGCGUUACUUGCGGACGCUGUGUGUAAUUUGAGAAAUGAUCUUGCACCAGCUGUUGACCGUCUGCCUUCUGAAGAACCUGUUGUUCAGCAGCAAGAUGGCUCGACCAUAUAUCCCCAUGCGGUUGGUUCCACAGAUCAGGUGGGGCGAGGCAAAAAGGAUAAUGUAGCUCCUGAAAAGUCUUCACUUGAUUUGGCUGAGAAGGGCAUAGCGAGCGUAGGAGGGAUGAUAAUAGCUACUAAGGGAGCAAGUGAAAGUGAAAAUUUUGCACCUGAUAGUGGAGUUGUCAUAAAGCCAGAUAAAUCAUCGGUCAGUGAACCCACUGAGAAAAAGAAUUUAAGGUUACACUGGGACUUAAAUGUUUCUAUGGAUGCUUGGGGUCCACCUUGUGAUGUAGAACAUGAUGCCUCUGAAAAAGAUGUGAAGGGAGCAAUCACAAAUCCAAUGCCUCCUAGAGUGAGCCAACCUAUUGAUGGGUUUGUUGUAUCAGCUGGGCAAGAAAAGGUUUCAUCAGCAUGUGGUCCUAAGACUGAAGCAGCUGCUAUAAAUGGAAAUAAGUUCAAAUCUGGUUAUAAUUCCCCGCUUGAGGAUGGAGAAUUAAGGGAGCCAUACCGUAGGGGGGAAAAUAAGGUUGAAGAUGAAGGAUUCUACUCUAUGGCAGAAAAUAAUGACAACAAGAUGAAUGAUUCUGGUAAGGGAAUCUUGGCAGAGACUAAGCUGGGACCAUUAGAGCGUAAAUCUCAUGAUGCAUUGAGAAUUGGAGAGGCUCAUAACAGAAGGGACGUAGAGAAGAAUGAUGUGGCUCGCAUGAAUGAUUUGCAUGUUAAGAAGAGGUCUUCUUCUUCUUCUUCAAGGAGGUUUGUGUCGAGACCAUCUAAGGAGUUGCCUUCGCAUGAUGUCAUCCCAAGGACAAGGCAAGUUUUUUCUUUCCAUGCCUCAUCUUUAGGUAAUUUUACUUUUAAAUAGUUCAUUAUUAACCUAGUAAUGGUCCUUUUUGUUUCAGAUCUGAU